AAAAUGAAGAGGAAGAUAAUAAUAAUAAAAAAGAUGAAAAAAAUAAUAUUUAUUAUUUAUAUGAUGAAAAAAAUAUAGAAAAAGAUAAUGAUAAUUACGAAAAUAAUAGUGAUGAUAACAAUAAUAGUUUUGAUUUUGAAAAAAAUUUGAUUAAAGAUUUACAACUUCUUCAAAUCAAAAAGAAAUAUAAUAUCUUAGAAAUAGCAUUUAAUAAAAUUCUUAAAGUUUUAGAAAUUUCUGAUGUUUCUCUUUAUAAACUUCAAAAAUUCUCAUUAAAAUCAACAUUUGUAAAUUAUUAUACAAAUUCGUAUAUAACAUUUACUAAUGAAUAUACUAAUAAGAAAUUCUAUUCAGAAUGUAAAGAAUCAUGUUAUAAACCUAAUAUAAUACCUCAAAUACCUCAAAAAAAGCUGCUUAUUAGUCACUUGUAG